AUGCCCGAAAAAUGGACUGAAAGUGGCUUAGCCGGAAGGAAGAGCAGAUGCGAUCCUUAUCAGGACACCUGCAAAACUUUACAAGUUCAUGACGAAGCCACUCCAACUUCGUCAGAAUUCGUAAAAGUUGUAUUUUCCCCAGAAAACGUUAGACCAUUUUCCAAAGCUCCACCAAGAAAAGGUACAAUGAAAGGAAGGAAAAAAAGAAAGUCCGCAAUUUAUACAGACACCCCAGAGAAAAUAGAAAUAGAGAAAGAAGUUGAGGAAAGAGAAAAAAAGCGAGUAAAAAGAAACUUAGGCAGUCAGGGAAAUAGACCAAAUAAUAAAGUUCCUAGAAAGAAAAAAACUGGAUCGGCAGAAAGCAGUGAAGACGAAAAUGAAUAUUUUUGCCUAGUUUGCGUCGAACCUUAUGGGAUUAGCAGAAAGGGCGAGAAAUGGAUCCAGUGCACACUGUGCAAGAUGUGGUCACACGAAGAGUGUGUAGGACAAAACUUGUUCUAUGUUUGUCACAAUUGUGAGUCAGAGUAA